AUGGCAAUACAAGGAUGCACCUCACCAUAUCAAGGAGGCACUUAUUUGGGUGCACCUAUUCCUCGUGAAAGGUGGUUACAACAAGCGACACUUCAGAUGCGGUUCAUCAAACUAGCACGACUUGAAGAGAAAUUUAGUGCACAGCCACAUAGAUAUGGAUGUUCCCUGAUAGCCAAGCACAACUAUAACUUUGAAGAUAACAGACCCCUUAAGACUCCUAACCUUGUGGAUUUCUACAAGCCCGGAAUUGAACUCAAGGUCUCCUACUCUGGUACUAUGACCAACUUUGUUGGUUUACCGAUAUUUCCAAAUGCUUAA